GCGAAGAAGUUUUUUUUGAAAAAGAAGAAAACAGCGGAAGUUCCGGUAAAGUUCGAUGGCGCUUAAUUCUCGGGAAAUGUUGGAUCUUCUUCGCUCCCCCCAGCAGCAAAACUGUUUUACCCACCCUCGUUUCUUCCGUUUUCUUCUCUUUUUUUUUCGAUUCUCUUUUUCUUUUUUUUUUGUUACCCUUCCCCCCUCGAUUCUCCGACCUUCCUCAGUUCGAAUGUGAAGGUCCUACACGUGAAGUUUUGAGCUGGCUGUUUUAGCUUUCGGGCUGGCCAUAAUUGAUGCAGGGGGUUGUUCUCCUCUCUUUUAACAAACAUAGUGCAAAGAUAUUUCUCAACUGAAGAUCUUGAUUCUUCUUCACUGUUUGGCUUUUACUUGUCUUCUUUCUCUGUUAUGCGGUUUGUUUAAUGACAGCUAAGAGUCAGAGGAGGUUUAUAUCACACAACUCUUAGCUUUUUGUUUGUGAGAGAGAACCGUCAGUCAACUACUACUAUGUCAGAUAGAUGGGCUAGGCAAAACGCGGAACAAGCAGCUGUCUUGGCUGAGAGAAGAAAUGUGAAUAAAAACGUUUCACUUCAGACUGGGGAAGAGUUUUCCAUGGAGUUUCUCAAGGAUCAUCAUCAUACUCCUGUCCAAUCUCCUGUCGUUUCAGGGAAAACUCAUAACGAUGGUAAUAGAUUUGGUGGGGACCUUUACUAUCAUCAGAAUCACCUACCGGGGUAUGACAGUGCUGCUGCUCGGUUUCAUGAAAUGAGGAGGAUUGAAUCUGAAUGUCCUUCUUCUGAUGCUUAUGAUUUUGGACGAGACCCGAGGUCUUCUUCUAUACGGGUUGAGAAUGGUUAUGUGCCUCAUUUUAGUGCUUACCACAAUGUAGGUGGUGAAAACGAAGUUAUAACUAGGAAAGCUUUUGGUGAAAUAAAUUCCAACCGAGGAGAUGUCACGGGAAGGUCUGCCCCUUGUGCAUUCUUACCAGAGCGUGUUCAGUCCAACAACUAUACUGGCGGAGGAGGAGGAGGAGGAGAUUUCGAUAGAUUCGGAAAAGUUAAGUUUCUUUGCAGUUUUGGUGGGAGAAUUAUGCCAAGAUCCACUGAUGAAAAACUUAAAUACGUUGGAGGAGAGACGCAUAUUAUUUCUAUCCGCAAGAACCUUUCUUGGGAAGAACUCAAGAAGAAGACAUCAGCUAUAUGCCAACAACCUCAUUCAAUCAAGUAUCAGCUUCCAGGGGAUGAGCUUGACUCCUUAAUAUCGGUAUCUUCGGAUGAGGAUCUUCAGAAUAUGAUUGAAGAGUACAAUGGACUAGAAAGACUCGAGGGUUCACAAAGGCCAAGACUGUUCCUGAUUCCUAUAGGGGAGCCUGAAAGAAAAGUUCAGCAGACCACUCCUGAUAGCCAAUAUGCUGCAGCUAUAAAUUCUAAUGCUGUUGUUGGUCAGACUUUGGUUGGUGAUACACGUUAUCAUGUAAACAAUUUGGAUCGCAAUCCAAGUUUCCGUAAACAAGCACCGGGUCAGAUGCUCAGACUGGAUACCGCUACUAUGCACCCGAAUCCUCUUUUCAAUGGAGUUCAAUAUAACAUGCCUACCUAUCCAUCACCUCCUGUUUCUCCUUCACCAUUCCAGCAAAGGGAUUCAAAUGGUGUAUACUCACCAUUCCCUGGAAAUAACUCCAGUUCCGAGAGUAAUAAUUCCUUCAGUCCAGCUCAACCAGAGACACCUAGCUUUGAGGCGAUUGAUUCCAAAUAUCAUCAACAGCGACCACUACCUUCAGUAAACUGUCAGCCUAACAAACAUGAGGCAGAGAACCUAUAUGGGAUGCAAUUCCAGAAUGGCUUCAAUGAAAAACUUGUUACUCCCAGUUCUAGCCAUGUUGAUACACUUUGCUUUAACCCUGAGAGGUCUGUGAAUAGUGGAAGGGUCUACAGCGAUAAAGCGAGCAUGCCCGAGGAAUCUAAGGUCUCCUUCUCUGGGUCUACAAAUUCAAAUGAUUCUUGCUUGGGGAUCCCACACUCGUACUCAGACUCUACACUAGAGAUUAAUGGUGGACACUCUAAUUACUUUUCACAAGAGAGACAAAGUCCAUCUUCAACUUUGAACUUUACAAAGAAGCAAACACAAGAAAAGCCAGUGCAGGUGCAUAGGAAUAAUGAUCUAGCUGACCGUCGUACACAAAGCGAUAUACUCGAUAUGAAGUCCACUGAGGGAGGAGAGACUAUGUUUAAAUUUUCACCAAGGCCAGGAGGACCAGGACUAUCCGGUGAAAACAAGACAUUGCAUAUAGACAUUUCUGCUGCAGGCAAUCAUUAUGAUGAGAUUUAUCUAAAUCAAGAAUCCAAGAAUCAAGGAGGGUACAAUGACACGAUUUUUCAUCUAGGAGGGAAAGUUUUGGGGACAAAAGCAACGCCUACUGACGUGGACGGUAAGGCUUUGCCUACAUAUGGAUACCAAACCUCAGCGGUUGUUGAUCCAUGGAAGCAAAUAAAGCAAGAUAAUGAGCGUUUGAUUGCUGGAACCUCAUCUGCUAAUCUAAUUUCCUUAGAGGAAGGCAUUGCAGCUAAUGUCCCAAAUGAGGAACCUGAAUCUCGUGCUGCUCGGGAAAGGAAUUUGGAAGUUUCAGGGAUGUUUUUAAAUAAGAGAGCAGGCUCUGAUGAUAAUUUCUUGUUCAGCAUCGCCUCUGAAUCAGAAAACAUGAAGAUUGGUCAUGAGACUGGGAUCUUAGAAUUUGAUUUAACACAAAACAAUAGAACAGGAGGAGAAGGUGUCUUAGGCCAUGUGAGAAUCCCAAGCAUGGAUUUGAAUCAGCCAGCGCCGGNUGCUGGAACCUCAUCUGCUAAUCUAAUUUCCUUAGAGGAAGGCAUUGCAGCUAAUGUCCCAAAUGAGGAACCUGAAUCUCGUGCUGCUCGGGAAAGGAAUUUGGAAAUUGGUCAUGAGACUGGGAUCUUAGAAUUUGAUUUAACACAAAACAAUAGAACAGGAGGAGAAGGUGUCUUAGGCCAUGUGAGAAUCCCAAGCAUGGAUUUGAAUCAGCCAGCGCCGGCCCCAGUAAGCGACACUUAUGAUCUGAAGAUACUAUCUGUCGAAAGGGAAGAUUCACCACAAAGCAUUCCACACGCAAAGAUGAACAGUGAUGAUACAGUAUUCCUUUCUGAGGAAGCUGAAGCAAAUACCGGCGAGAAAGAGAACAGUUGUAAAGACACACUCUUCGUUGAAAUGGAAGCCAGUGUUUAUGGCUUGCAGAUAAUAAAGAACGCUGAUCUUGAAGACCUAACAGAACUGGGAUCCGGGACAUAUGGAACUGUCUACCAUGGAACAUGGCGGGGAACGGAUGUUGCGAUAAAGAGAAUAAGAAAAAGCUGCUUUGCAGGGAGAUCAUCGGAACAAGAACGCUUGACCAAAUAUUUCUGGAGGGAAGCACAGAUACUCUCAAAUCUUCAUCACCCAAAUGUAGUUGCAUUCUACGGUAUAGUCCCUGAUGGAACUGGGGGAACUUUGGCAACUGUUACAGAGUUUAUGGUGAAUGGGUCACUCAGGCAUGCUCUUCUCAAAAAGGACAGGUUGCUUGAUUUUCGGAAAAAGAUAAUAAUUGCGAUGGAUGCUGCUUUUGGGAUGGAGUAUUUGCACUCGAAGAACAUUGUUCACUUUGAUCUCAAAUGCGAAAACUUACUAGUCAAUCUAAGGGAUCCACAACGGCCUAUAUGCAAGGUGGGAGAUCUUGGCUUAUCUAGAAUCAAACGUAACACUUUGGUAUCUGGGGGAGUCAGAGGAACACUUCCAUGGAUGGCCCCAGAACUCUUGAACGGAAGCAGCACCCGGGUUUCUGAGAAAGUCGAUGUUUUUUCAUAUGGGAUCUCACUGUGGGAGAUUCUAACUGGAGAGGAACCUUACGCAGACAUGCACUGUGGAGCAAUCAUUGGCGGUAUCGUAAAGAACACACUUCGACCUCCCAUACCAAAAACCUGUUCUCCGGAUUGGAGAAACCUGAUGGAACAAUGCUGGUCCGUAGACCCGGAUUCACGUCCUCCAUUCACCGAGAUAACAUCCCGACUUCGGACCAUGUCAAUGGAUCUCGUCACAAAAAGCAAAAGAAGAGAAAAUAAACCCUGACUUCAUCAAACAUCAGAAACCAAGAAACGAUGGACACUUUCACAUAUGGUUUCUAUCGAAAAAACCUGCAUAUUUUAUUCUCAUUCUUCAACUGUGUACAAAAAAAAAA